GAUCCAGUUUAAAACCUGGUCCAGAAAUAAGUAUAUUCUCAUCGGGUUCCUCAUCCAAUCCCACGCUCAAUACACACGCUUAUAUCAAUCACAAUGGUAAUGGGGCCAAACCGGGUACCUCAUCGUCGAACGGUUACCAAACCAACGGCUAUCAGACUAAGAAUAACAACAAUAACAAUUAUAAUAGCGAUUAUGGUAGUUCUAAUGGCGGUGGCCUUGGCAAUGGGGCACCGACGGGCAACGGUCAUCAGAAUGGCAACAACGGCGCCAGCGGUCCGGCUCUCAUCGAUCCGCACUAUGUUUUCGGUGCGCCCCAGUCGGUGCCCAUACUGCCAAAUCUGCCGAUAUUUCCUUAUAACUCACCCACUGUUGCACCGGCAUUUCAACAAUUUCCUCAACCCAAUCAUCCAGGUAGCGUACUUAACCCCGGCCGUGGCCAAAAUGGCAUGCAGCCGCUGAAUCCCUACAACUCGCCGUUCGUGUUCGGACAACAGCCGUUCUAUAAUGCACCCGGUGGCACUGGUGGACCACCCGGCGGCAGCAGUGGCAUUUUGGGCGGAAGCGGUGGUGGCUUGGCCCCAUACCCUGGUGGUUAUCCCAGUCCCAAUAGUUAUAACAAACCUCCGCCACAAUAUCAAAAUCAGAAUCCCUACAAUCGUCAGACCCAGUCGCAUGCCCACAGCGGUUGCCUCGGCUGGUAGCUCAUCCGGAAUUUGGAAACUAACACUGGUCUACAGCAUUGUGGCAAUGAUUGUGGGAAAAAUGUUGCACGCCAGCACGUAAUAUUAUUAAAAAAAAACGAGUUCUAAUGAUUUUUGUUUUAUUUGCAUUUGCAUUUGUUUUUGGAUUUUGAUUUAACGAUUAUGGAAAAAUGAACAGCAACAACAACAACAACAACUACUAACACAAGCAAUUACAAAUUAUCACAAUUUUCCGUUUCUUUUUAAAGAAGAGAAAAAAAGACAAAGAUUUAUGUUUUUUGU